AUGGCGCCCGUGAAACUGUUCAAGACGCCUCAGUACGAGGUCCAGCAACCCCCAGAUCCAGUGGUCUGCAGGCUCCCUGCCAAUGGGAUCCUGUGCGCUCCGUCGGCUUCCGGGAAGACGGUUCUGCUCGUGUCAAUGAUCCUCUCUCAGUAUAAGGGCUGCUUCUCGCGCAUCUUUGUCUUCAGCCCCUCGGUGAUGAUUGAUUCCGCCUGGCAGCCCGUCAAGGACUACGUCAGGGACGAGCUGGGCGUGAACACGGACCGAGAGCAGUGCUUCUUCGAGGACUGGGACGAGGGGGCGCUCCGGAAGAUCAUGGCGGACCAAAAGCGCAUCACCCAGAAGAGCAAGGAGUUGGGCCUCAAAAAGCUCUACCAGGUUCUCGUGGUCCUCGACGACCUAGCUGACAAUCCCGCCGUGCACCGGAAGACAGGCGACGGCGUUCUGGACUCGCUGUUUAUUCGUGGCCGGCACUACUGUAUCUCGAGUUGGGUGAGCACCCAAAAAUUGCGACUUAUGAGCAGCGCCGUGCGGGUCAACACCAUGUUCUACUGCGUCUUCCGCCUGCGCAACCAGCUGGAGCUGGACGCCCUGGUGGAGGAGCUCAGCGCCAUGCUCCCGAAGGAGACCCUCUUCUCGAUGUAUGAGGAGGCCACCAGGGAGCCCUACAGCUUCUGGUACGUCAGUCUGCGCGCUCCCAAAGAGGAUAUGUUUUGGGUUCGUUGGGAUCGGAAGUUCCUCGUAAACGGCGAUGGGGACGAUCCUGGCAUCUACGACCCCAGCCGGUGGCCCCCAACGGAGCGCCCCAGGCAAACCUCCGACAGCUCCAACGCCAGCGAGUUCUCGGCGCGCCCCACGCGGUUUCUCCGCCGCUUAAGGAAAAGGGUCCCCAUUAUGUCCACGAUCUACAUCGACUCGCGGAAGCGCGUGGCGGGCACCGACAGUGACUUCGAGAUCGACUUAGGCGAGACGCUGCACAUCGACUCGGGCGCGAAGCUGGCGGUGCACAAGAUCCGCGUGGCCGACGCCUUCCUCUCCACGGACCGUGGCAGUUACCUCUAUUGGCACGACGUCUCGGGGGGCACGCUGCACUACGCCCAGCUGCCGGCGGGCGCCUACACGGGGGAGCGGCUGGCCGCGUGGAUCUCGAGCAACUACGCGGCGGCCACGUACGUCGCUUCGACGAACGAGAUUCAGGUCGCCUACGACGGGAAUCGAGUGAUCCUCAACAACCAGGAUCUGAGGCUCACCUUCCCCAACGGCCCGGGCUAUCCGCCGGGCGUGUCGUCCACCAGGCCCGAGAGCAUCAACCACCUGCUUGGCCCCAGCUUCAUCUCGGGUGCCCAACAGAUCUUUUCCUUCGUGGUCAUGGCGCCGUUCUCGGAGCUCUACCUUCGCUGCCCCGCCCUCGCCGCGCGCGAGCACAUCCUCGGCCCCCUCGGCUCCGACAUCAUCGCGAAGAUCAUCGUGGACCGCGGCGUGGGCCACGUCCUCCACAGCCGCACGGAUGAAGGCCACUUCGUGAACUUGCACGGUCCCAUCACGCUGCGCUACUUGCGCUUCCGCCUCACCGACCUGGACGGCGAGGUUGUCAACACUCGCGGGACCUCGGAGCCCGCGAAUGAGCCCGAGCGGCCUUUGGAGCCUUCGGAGGAGCCCGCGAACGAGCAGCCUUCGGAGGAGCGGCCUUCGGAGGACAAGGCUCCCCGGAAGCCCAGGGUGCCGCCGCCGACGGUCCCCGUGGACACGGUGCCCAACACGGCCCGCCACGCUCGGCAGCUCUCCCGCGCCGACCGCUUCCACGAGCGCCACCAGCAGCUCAUCGACGCCCAGGCCUUCAACAAGUGGCUGGCGGAGCGGCGGCUGAGGAAGGAGGGCGAGUCCUACGCCGACGAGCUGGGGCGCAUGACGGACGCCGUCAACAGUCAGGAGCCUAUGGGGGGCUCAUGUAAAAUGGAGCUGUUGCUAGUGCUUCGAGACGGCGUGUGGAUGCUGGCGUCCAAGGAGCUUGAGAUCCCCCUGGCCUUCGAGCAUGAGCUGGAGGAGCACGAGGAGGGCGAGGAGAUCCUGGGCUUGCUGAAGCGCCGCUGGACGACGCCGCGUCGCGUGGCCCUGCGGUACGACACGCGGACCCGGGAGGUCCAGAGCUACUUGUGCGAGGCGGUGCAGCGAGCCAGCGAGCUGAGCUACUUGGGCAAGCGGGGCCUGCGGGUCCUGGGCUACAUCGCCGAAGGAGAGCCCCUCCCCAUCACCUAUCCCAACCGCAACGCAUCCAUCCUGACUUCCAGUCACUUCUGGCUUCAGGACCUCCCCGAGAGCACGGAGCCCGAGCCUGCCCCGCUGCCCCACACGACCGUGGAUCCCGCGGCGGCCUACGAGGACGCCAACGAGGGCUACGACGGGGUGCCCUUCCCCAGGCGCGACUUCCUGCGCCCGCGGGCCUUCGACAGCGAUUCUGACUUUGGUGCCGUGGACCCUGGCCAGGCUCUGAGAAACGACGGGUUUCAGCCGCCGCCGGCGCCGGGCUUCCUGGGACGGCUGCAGCAGGCCGAGGCCGCGGCGGGCGCAGCGGCGGGGCUGGCGGGCUCCGCCUCCGCCAUCGCGGGGCACGGAGCAGACCUCUACAACGCAGCGCGGAGGGGGGCGCAACUGGAUCGACCGGAACCUGCGCAUCCCCCGCGUGCCCGAGGGCCUGGCGCCCCCGCCCGACGAGGUCGCUCCACCACAAGUGAUAGGCAGGAGCGGGCGGCGGCCCGCGACAUCGAGCAGUUCAUGAGCCAGCAGAUGGCCGAGGCUCCCGAGGCGGAGGCGACCGAGGGCUUCGCUUCCGCGGCGGAGGCGGCGGCGGGGGCCGCGGAAGCUGCAGCGACCGCGGAGGCGGGAGGAGGCGCGCUCGCGGCCAUCGGCUCCGGGCUGGCCGCCGCCGGAGAGGCCGCGCUGCCCGUGGCCGCCACGGUGGGAGCGGCUGCGGGAGGCCUGGCCGUGGCGGGCGCGGGGGCAGCGCUGGUGGGCACCGCGUGGGCGCUGCACGGGGGCAUGGUGGCGGCCGAGCACCUGAUGGGCUGGGGCGGGGGAGGAGGCACCGACACGGACGCUUCUUCCCGCAGCUCCGUGCCCGACGUCCGGACCCUGAAUGCGAUGCAAGAGUUCGGGGCCGAGCAGCACUUCCAGCUUCGAGAGCCGCGGACGCAGUACUACCGCAUGGACACCGAAGACGAAGAGCCGCGGGCCCAGCCUCCGCCGCGGGCACAGGCUCGUCCCGCGAGGCCCACGCGCUAUCCUACGGGCCUCAACUCCGUGGCGCAGUCCUCGGGCAGCGACUCGUCCCGCGGGCCACGGAUGCAGCGUCAAGCCUCAGGGAGGUCCCGCGCCGCACCGCCCCCUUCCUUCGAGGCGCUUCGGAGCGCGAGCGAGCCGGAGGCCGCGUGA